UCCCCUUUCUCCACGUCAUACAACACAAUUUCUAUUGGAGAUAGCUCUAAACGCUCAACACAUCAAUACGGGGAGGGGAGGGAGAUGACGGUGCAGUAAGGGGAAAAUGGCAAAAACCACUCAAGUGAACUGUUGAAAGGGGAGUGAGAAAAGGAAGACGAGAUAGAGACUGACGACGGGAAACAUGACAGGCGUUGCAAGCAUCUGUUCUUCUCAGCUGCUCGAUACUAACACUCUCCGAAGUCGAGUCGCGGAGCUUAAAAAUGUGGAAGACAAUUCAGGACUUGGUAAUGAGGGUGCAGAAAAAUUGCAAAACAACCUCGCAGACGAGCUUGAGAGUAGAAUUAAUUGCAUUCUCUCGGAGUAUUCCUCGCAUUUAUGGUCGUUCUCUAGUGAAGACUUCGAUGAAAUACUGGAGCAAUUGAGGAAAGAGCUGGUCGAAGUGGAGUCUCAGAAUGCAGUUGUCAAAUGCGAAAUUGAAAAGCUUGAAAGGAGCUGUGUGGAAGAUUAUGCUGAAAUAGAGCAUGAGCUGGAGAAAUUAUGCUGUUCUUUGGAAAUUAUCGAGUCGCAGGCACCUGAGAAAGCAAAAGAGAAUACGGAAACAGAUGCCCCUUCCCCUGCUCAUUAUCAGACAGCCUUUUUAGAUGACAGUUUCUCCAACUUUAAGAUGUUAGAAGUCAGUCAUCAGAUUCAGAAAAGCAGGACAACUCUGAAGUCAUUACAGGAUCUUGAUCAUAUUUUUAAAAGGUUUGAAUUAGUUGAAAAAAUUGAGGAUGCAUUGACAAAUGUUCGAUUAGUUGAAGCUGAAGGAAACAAGAUCAGAUUGUCAUUCAAGACUUACAUUCCAUACUUAGAUACUAUAUUAUUGCAGCAAGAUAUAGAAAAUGUCAUCGAGCCAUUAGAAAUGAAUCAUGAGCUGAUAAUUGAGACUGUAGAUGGAACUUGUGAGCUAAAGAAUGUUGAGAUUUUCCCAAAUGAUGUAUACAUUGGUGAGAUUUUUGAUGUGGCAAAUACUUUCAGGCAAGUUAAUCCUACAUUUCCAGACAGUCAGACCCGAUCUUCAUUGGAGUUUUUUGUUAGAAGGGUAUUGGACAGAGUUGCUUUUUCUUCACUUAAACAGUUCGUGGUCAAGAAUGCAAAUACGUCAAGGCACUCAUUCGAAUACCUAGAUAGAGAAGACAAGAUUGUAGCACAUCUUGUUGGUGGUGUUGAUGCAUUCAUAAACUUGCCUCAAGGGUGGCCAUUGUCGGAUCAGGGAUUGGAGCUAAUAUCAGUCAAGAGCACGAGUCAGUACUCAAAAGAAAUUUCGUUGAGCUUCCUUUGCAAGAUUGUGCAAGUGGCAAACUCCUUGAAUCAACGCGUACGUCACAACAUCAAAAGCUUUGCUGACAACAUUGAGGAGAUAAUCGUGCAGCAAACGAGUGCACAACUCACCUCUCUGGCAUCGUGAAGAUAUCGAAUCAAAAGAAUUGUACCUGAGAUAAAGUAACAACGACAAGAAAUUGGUGGGUGGUCAUCUUUCCCUUUGUUUCAGUUAUUGUUUCGUAGUAUGACCAACUUUUAUUAACAUUCACUUGGCACAUGGGAAUUAUGUGUUGCUUGACUAUGAUUGGGUUCUUGUGAGGUUUUUUUUCCAGCAAAAUUGGAUAGAAGAUAUAUAUUCUGCACCUUCUGAUUCUUGAUGUUCAAACUAAUCAUUAAAUUUCUUGAAGUAUCUCACCACCUUAAGAUGUGGAAUAUCUUGGAAAAAUACAACCACG